AGGGAAUAGGGCUCGGCAGUCGGGUUUGGGCCUUCGGGGUAAAAUGGGCGGAGGGGUCUCGCGCUCUCGUCUCUCACAGCUCACUUCGUUCUCAGACCGAAACCCCAAUCAGUCGCUGCGUUUGUGUUCCAUACUUCCAUUUUUCUUGCUCCGGCGGCCACCAGCUCGCCGAGCAAACCCGGGAAGGUGUACCAGGGGGAUUUUGGCAUCAGAUUGCAUAAUUUCCUACUUCUUGCCUCCAAUACCAGUUGUAUCAAUUUUUGUCACAGCAACUACUACAUGCCCCUCAAGUUUGGGGUUCACUUCUUUACUUGCCCAGUCGCUUCCCCUGUCCAUAUGCAUUAGCUUCUAACUUGUCAUUUUUGUUGGGUUUAGCUUAUGAACUUGUGAGAAAAUAUGUGGAUACAACUCUUAUGACUUGUGGUAGGUUGAAAUUUACUAUUUUAAGGACCCAUUAUUGCGAGUUUGAUUCAAAGAAACGGGCAUGCAUGUGUGUAUUUCUGUUCUCAAAUAGCUGACUAAGCCAAGGCUAAUCUGUUCAUGUCUGUUAUUCUGAAAUGAACACAUUUUUUUUUACUUUUUUUGUCCUAUGUUUCUAUGAUUGAGAGUGAUUUAGUUAUGAGAUUGAGGGUAAUGGUUGUGAUUAUCAAAAAUCGUUUGCUUUAGUUAGUUGUGAAUGUGAUGUUGGUUUUGGAUUUUUUUUUAGUUGUUUUGGUUGUAUUGUUAAAGCUAUAACUCUGUUGGUUAUGGUGUUCAAUCAUUGUCAUAGGUUUUGUUUGUAGAAGGACGUCAUAAAAAAUGCUGCAGAGUGUGCCACACCAAAUUGUGCAAUCCCCAGCCAGACUGGGCUUAACGAACCCAAAUUCACCCUCUCUUCAAAACCCUGCUGCACCCAAACUCACCUCCCAAGCUCCCCAAUUCCAACAUUCCCAUCAACAAUCGAGUUCGGCAACAACCACAACCACCUCCUCAACUCUCCUUUCUCUUCUCCCACCUCUCUCUAGAGCCCAAUCUCUUCUCCUCCAGAUGGCCUCCCUUGCUUCCAAGCUCUUUGAAGUCUCCCCCAGGCGAUCCCAGUGGCUCACCUCCGUCCGUGGUUCUCUUCCAACUUUCCUUUCUUCUCAGACUCCAUCCUUGAUCCCAGGUUCACUCGAGUCUUCUCCUUCCACCACAAAAGAAAUCCUCUCCCUGUUCACAACUCUUCAAACCCAACUCUUCGAAGCUGUUGCAGAACUCCAAGAAAUACUAGAUCUUCGAGAUGCAAAGCAGAAAGUUGCUCAAGAAAUACGAGCCAAAGAUUCUGCAAUUCUUUCUUUUGCAAACAAACUCAAAGAAGCAGAGCGUGUUCUUGACAUCCUUGUUGAUGAUUACUCAGAUUACCGGCGGCCAAAGAGAUCAAAAUCAGAAGAUGAUACAGAAAGUUCCUCUUCCUGUACGACAACUGUUGCAUCUCAGAUGAACUUGUCAGAUAUUUUGUGUUGUGCGCACCGGAUCAGCUACACAACCUUUGCACCACCAGAAUUUGGUGCUGGCCAGGCUCCCCUUCGCGGGGCACUCCCACCUGCUCCUCAAGAGGAACAAAUGCGCGCUUCCCAGCUCUACAAUUUUGCUGACCUUGAUGUAGGUUUACCUAGAACUGUGGAUAGCAAGGAGAAAACAAUUGAAGCACUCAUUGAAGCGCCUGCUGCUCCACCAGCAGAACCCAACCCGCUUGCAAAUCUUGCCGCAAUUCAGGGCCUGAUUCCUCCAAAUAUUAUGGUUCCAUCAGGUUGGAAACCUGGGAUGCCUGUUGAGUUGCCAACCGAUUUACCAAUAUUGCCUCCACCUGGAUGGAAGCCUGGGGACCCAGUUCCAUUGCCGCCACUGGAUUCCCUUCCAGUCCCUCCUAGGGCUGAAGAACAGCAGCUGCGGCCCAUUGCUGCUCAAGUGUUACCCAAGGCACCUGAGCCAAUACAUGUUCCGCAUGUUCAGCUGGAUAUUACUAUGGAUCAAGAUGAUGACAGUAGCGAUUAUAGUAGCGAUGUAGCUAGCUCUGAAGAUGAUUAAUUUUCAUUGGUGGAAUUGCUCCUCAUGUGCUGAAUUUCUCACUAUCAUUUUGAAAAUGUCUUUCAGAAUGAUAAAAUGGCACAUGCUGUCGCAUUAAUUUGAUUUUGUAUCUUGACCAAAGACAAUGAUAAAUUAAUAAAAGAUUUUGUUGUAUAUUGGCACUAA